UGCUUAGCCUGCUCUGGUCUGAGAGAGCUUUGGUAACUCUCAUCCAUGACUGUAACUCUUAGUAGACCUUGCUUUACAAUCAAGGUAUCUCGUUUUGAGUGUGAAAUAUCUCACUCUAUUCCCACACUGAGCAACAACCAACGGCUUCCAAAACCGUUCCCUGAUCAUUACAGAGAAACCCAGGCAAAUGAACCCCAGCAGAGCCGCCACAAUUCCUCUUGGUCUGGGGCAAGCUGACUCAGCAAUGUUUCCUAUCUUAUUGUACAGUGAGUGCCCCUUGUGGAUAGGGAGGGAGACUUUAGAGAGUUUCCCAGUAGGGUUACAGUUAGAACCGUUACCUUGUAAAUCCAAACACAAGGCAGUGCUCAGAGCUCAGUCCAGCCUGUUCGAUCGAAUGUGGCCAGCAGAGAAUGAGGUGACAGGCUGAAAUGGGUGUACACAGCCUUGUUUUUGAAGAUGGAAGAAAACCAGAUAUGAACUAUGAUGUCUUCUAAAGAGAGAGUUCUGUUAGCCUAUCAAACAAGAUCAGCAAUGUGUUGGCUAGAAGCAGGAUUGAGCAGGCACCAAGCAUAGAUUUAUCCUUUAAUGAUUAACGUCUGGGAGCCGGUGCCAUCCAAUGGCACGGCAAGGUUGGCAGGAGAUAAGAGGAGGAAGAAACAAACGCAAGGGUCAUAGCCUGGUGAGGAAACCUGUUCUCGUGGGUGUCCACUGAAGUGACUAUGGGACUCCAUGUGACCCUGCAAGGAUUAGCUGGGCUGCUGCUGCUGCUGUAUGCCCUGCCCUGGGCUGAAGGUGGAAAGGUGCUGGUGUUUCCCGUGGAGGGCAGCCACUGGCUGAGCAUGAGGGAUGUCGUGAGGGAGCUCCACGCCCGAGGUCACCAGGCUGUGGUCCUGGCUCCAGAGGUGACUCUGCACAUCAAAGGAGAGGACUUCUUCACCCUCCAAACCUACCCUGUUCCAUACACAAGACAAGGAUUUAGACAACAAAUGAUGCGAAACAUUAAAGUGGUCUUUGAAACAGGCAACUAUGUGAAGACAUUCUUUGAAACAUCCGAGAUUUUGAAAAACAUAUCGACAGUUCUCUUAAGGUCUUGUAUGAAUCUAUUGCACAAUGGGUCCCUGCUCCAGCAACUGAAUUCCAGCUCCUUUGACAUGGUCUUAACAGAUCCUGUGAUUCCGUGUGGGGCAGUGCUGGCCAAGUACUUGGGUAUCCCCACUGUGUUCUUUCUACGAUACAUUCCCUGUGGCAUAGACUCUGAGGCCACACAAUGUCCGAAACCUUCCUCUUAUAUUCCGAACCUACUCACAAUGCUUUCUGACCACAUGACUUUCCUGCAAAGGGUCAAGAACAUGCUGUACCCUCUGGCCUUGAAGUACAUUUGCCAUUUCUCAUUCACUCCCUAUGAAAGCCUGGCCUCUGAGCUUUUGCAGAGAGAAGUGUCUUUAGUGGAGGUUCUCAGCCAUGCAUCUGUGUGGCUGUUCCGAGGGGACUUUGUGUUUGACUACCCGAGGCCUGUCAUGCCUAACAUGGUCUUCAUUGGAGGCAUAAACUGUGUCAUCAAGAAACCUCUUUCUCAGGUCUGUAUUUUUAAGCUAUCAGUAUUCUAUGCAGAAUAUAUUUUCUAAUGCUAACUUUCCUCCUGGUCUUUCAAAGGAUUCUUCCCCUUUUAUCAUAUCCUUUCAUAACAUAAACUAUUAGAUUUGGGUCCUUCUGUCUUUAUUUUAUCUGUAAGUCUUUUCGCCCACAUGCGUACAGUGACUGUGGAGGCCAGA